AGCGCUGGUGCGUAGAUGCUCCUUUCAGAUUGUCGCGGUCCAAGGGGGUGAAGUAAACCAGAGCGGCCUGAAGUGAAGUGUUAUUAGUAGAAAACUGGCUGUCAGGGAGAAAAGGCAUCCCGCCAUGGCUGUACGUAUCAUCAGAGGGAUGGAGGACCUGGUGGCAUCCAGUAGUCAGCUCAUCUGGAGCAUGGCACACCAGACCCUGAGGAGGUGGUACAACCGGGGGCUCAUUCCAUGCCAGCGCUUCCUAGAAACUUGGUUCAGGAUCGGAAAAUGCUACCAGAUGACAGAGGGGCGUCUAAGCCAGGUUCACCUUCUUGAUGGCAGGAAGCUGGAGCUGCUGGUUCAGCCUAAGCUGUUGUCCCGCGAGCUGUUGGAUUUGGUGGCUUCCCAUUUUAACCUGAAGGAGAAAGAAUACUUUGGACUCUGCUUCAUAGAUGACACUGGCCAGAAUAACUGGCUGCAGCUGGAUCGCAAAGUCCUUGAUCAUGGCUUCUCCAAAGCCUCAGGUCCUGUGGAGCUCAAGUUCCUUGUGAGGUUUUACAUUGAGAAGAUUACAUACCUGAAGGAGAACACAACAGUGGAAUUAUUCUUCAUGAACGCUAAAUCUUUAGUGUUUAAUGAGACUAUCGAAGUAGAGAGCGAACAUGUCUUCAAGCUAGCUGCAUUCGCGCUGCAGGAGGGCAAAGGAGAUUUCACCAGCGUCGAGACUGCCAGAUCUGACCUGAAGCAGCUUCCACUCUUACCCACCCGAGUAUUAAGGGAACACCCGUCUCUCAAUUACUGCGAGGACAGAGUGAUUGAACAUUACAAGAAACUGAAGGGAUUGACCAGAGGACAAGCCAUUGUUCAGUAUCUGGCCCUGGUGGAGUCGCUGCCGACAUAUGGAGUCCAUUAUUACCAAGUGAAGGACAAGCAGGGAAUACCGUGGUGGCUGGGAGUCAGCUAUAAAGGCAUCGGCCAGUACGAUCUGCAGGACAAGCUGAAACCCAGAAAGUUGUUUCAGUGGAAGCAGUUGGAGAAUUUGUAUUUCCGUGAGAAGAAAUUCGCUGUGGAAGUGAACGACCCACACAGUAGAACUGUGACCAAACGGACCUUUGGACAAACUGGACUGGUCAUUCACACGUGGUAUGCCAGCCACUCUCUGAUUAAAACCAUCUGGGUGAUGGCCAUCAGUCAGCACCAGUUCUACCUGGACAGGAAGCAAAGCAAAGUGAAGAUGACCACGACCAGAAGCACAGGGGACAUCGCUGUGGACCUCACAGAGAUCUGCGCCCCGCGGAUCAGUAAACUCUCCAGCAUCGAGAGCAAAGAUCAACUCAUUAUGGCCAGUAAUGGCAGCCUCAUCUCAGCCGGUUCGGUCGACUCUGAAGUGAACGAGGAGCAGAAGAAAGAAAAGAUUGCGGAGUUGAAGAAGAAAGAGAAGGACCUUCAAGACACGCUGACACAGAAACUGGAGGAACUGAAGAAGAUCUGCAUGAGAGAAGCAGAGCUCACGGGCAGAUUGCCUAAAGAGUAUCCCCUGGCAACGGGAGAGAAAGCACCUCAAGUACGUCGACGUGUUGGAACGGCCUUCAAACUGGACGACCUUUUCCCCUACGAUGAGGAUCCACAUCUGAGGAAUCUGGAGAGCAGGUUUGCCUUGCAGCAAAAGAUCGUGGAAGCGGCCAUGAAGCUGGCCAAUGAGGCCGAGCUCUGCAAGACGGUGAAGAAGAAGAGGAGGAACAACUGCCUGGAUGCCAUGAGGAAGCUGGAGGAGAUCGAGAAGGAGAUCAACGCCUACAGGAUCAAGGCAGGGAAGAGGCCGACGCAAAGAGCCUCGCUGAUCCUCGCAGAUGAUGUCAACCCUUCAGAUCUCAGCUCUUUAUCUGACAGCCUCACUCUGGAUGACGACGACGAGCUCGUUUCUCAGAGACUGAGGUCGAGGUCGGUCCAGUACUCCCCGCGACCUCACCACGCAGAGACGCUGGACAUCCACUACAGCAGAGACCGACGGGGCUCUGCCAACGACCAGAACGCAGACACCAGAUUAAAUUACGGCCAAGGCCAGGAGUCGCUCCACUACAGUCAGUGCGAUGCCUUAUCGAGCUACAGCAGCCCAUACAAACCGGCCUCCAGACAGCCACGUGACGCCCGCAGUAUGCCGCCCACGCCCCUCCUCACCCGCAACGCCUACAGCAGCACCCAGCUCAGAUCGGACGACGCCCCUCAGCAUUUCCGCCAGCGGAGUGGGAGUCUGGAGUCCCAGUCUCAGUUCAUGACGGAGCCCGACCCCCCAGUGCCGACGUUCACCUUCUCCCCUGCCCGACGCAGCAACAGCACCGAAGUCCUCGACGACGGCUCCUCCUACACCAGCCAGUCCAGCGUGGAGUACAGCGCCCCUGGCAACCACACCUACAGACGCAGGACACGCGGCCGCCACAAAAAAGACCUGUACGCCAACACGGGGAGCAUGCCCAACCUGGCCCAGACAGACACGCGCUGCUACGCCUACCAGCCCAGGUCCCGCCCCACCACCACCGCCUACUACGUCACGGGUUACCCCACCUACACGGAACCAGAGCCGUACUCCAACGGCGUCUACAUGUACGACAACGAGCUGGAGGGCCACUAUAACGUCAAUCCCUCCUACCAUCCGACGCCGAUGGCUUACCACGGCCACGACAUGCACGGUCACUACGGCAACGACGAGAUAGACGGCAUGUCGCAGAACCCUUACGCCACGCUGCGGCCACCCAGAAACCGUCCAGCGCCGCGGAGCAACGAGCACGUCACCAGGAACAUCCAGAAGGCGCUGGUGGCCGAACACCUGAGAGGCUGGUACCAACGCAACACCACCCACAAACAGGCUGCGUACAACUAUGACUAUGACAGAGGGUCCCAGCAGAGCCUCGGGUACCAGACAAUGCCCACCCCCUACUGCCACAACAACAGGAACAUGUCGUCCUACUCAACAGUGUCCACGGCCUCCUCCAGUGGAAACUGGCACAGCCACAUGAGUGGCGGUUUGGUGGACUAUGACGUGCCCGUGCAUGCGCAGCAGUCCUUCUCGUACAGCUCAGCCCCCUACAGCCACUCAACCCACAGCAGAUAUGGCACCUCCCAGCUGUUAAAGGGCUCCUGGUACAGCCCUGAUGGCCGGAGGCGCUGUACCUUUAUCCCUGCUAGUUCCUCCUCCUCAGCUUCCUCCUCCACCUCCUCCCUGCUCUCCUCCUCUUUCCCUACCUCCUCCUCCUACUCCCCUGGCUGUCGAGGCCGCCAGGUGUCCUCCAGCCUUGCGCAGCCACAGUCCAGAGGACACCAGUUCAGUAAGGUGUCCUUUCCUAAAGAUGCCCCCCAGAGUUUGAGUGGCGGAGCUGUGAUAGGAUGGCGAGCCCUGCGGGGCCUUUAGAGAGGUGUUGUGCUGUUGCCUAUGCUACUGACCAGGAAAAUUGCCCCCUCCCCAAUAAUCAAAGCGACAGCACAAAAGAAAGGGUCUUACAUAGACGUCAGCCAAAUGGACCCACAUAUCAGCCACGAUAACCCGGCCCCGGAUGACCAGAUUUACUGGCACGAGGACUCCAAACCAGGAACAAUAGUGUGACACCAUUCGACAUGUUCACCGUGACAACCCGUCAUUGUGCCUUAGACUGCACUUACCUGUUUUUUCUGUACGAGGGCCGGAACUAUUCUGAAGGAAAUUACUUUUUGUGGAAUUCACCGUACAGACGAAAUGAAGUCGUCUCAUUUUUCACUCUGGAAACCGUUUGCAAACUGACCCGGAUCAUUGCGCUUAAAAAGCAUCCGCAGGGUGUCGUUACGUCUGGAUUGUGAGUGUUUGUGGUGAUGACACUUGUGCACUGAAUCUACACCGGGAGCUGCUGUGGAUGGUGUGUCACAGCCAAAGGGAACGAGGACUCGGGCCUCUGGAACUGGACCCAGUGUUACUGUGAUACCGGCUUUAUUAAACGGACUAGGACCACCACUGACGCUCAGCCACAGCGAACAAAAACGACCCAUCCUGCUCUGACACAGACACACAUACGAACACUGUAACAAUGAAGGAUUAGACAAGGAUUAAUAGGACUUUACUGAAGAAAAUGAAGGAUUGAGCUCAUUAAAAUGAGUCCAAAGAUGGCUACUUCCUGGAACAUUCUGCAGACACCAGCUCCAUUUUUUUCAAACCAUUGCUUGUUACUACCAUAGCGCUUCCUGUUCACGUCGUCGCAUAAAAAGAAGUGUUGAGUCUUUUUUUUUUUUUUACUGUCAGUACAAUUGAGCCAAAACGUGUGUUUCACACCAUUUGAGUAUUACAAAAAGUCAUUAAGAUCACUGCCACAUCUGAACAGUCACUGCAGGAAGACGGAAAACAAAUUUACUUUUAUUUACUAGGUUAUCUCAUCCAUGCUGGAAGUCAUGGACUGGUGCUCCCAAUAGUUCUCUACAGAAUGAAGCUGUAUGUAAAUGUUGGUAUUGUAAAUACACUGGUUCUGUCCUUUUUAAGAGCAAUUUUUAUGUAUUUGAAAGGCAUGUAAUAUAUAGUAAACAAUGUUGUUAAGCUGGUUCUUAGUAAUUUGUAUAAUUGCAUUUGUUUGAAUUAAAAAAAAAUCACGAUUUCAAUCA